AUCAGAACUCAAAUACAGACCAAACAUUUCACCAAACAGUUCAGUCGACAUUUACAAACCGAGUAAGCAGAACCUGUAGUCCUGGUAAAAUAAACAUGCAGAUUCAAAAGUCAACUAUGGAGACAUUUUCCCAACCAGCUUGGAUGCAAACAGUCUCCUGCCUUAAUGCUUUAAAAAGUGACAAUGAAUACGCUGUGUGUGAUCUUGCAAAAGUCCAUUGGGGAAAACAAUACCUCUACUACCCAGAGUGCAAUAGCUCUGAGCUAGGCUGUAUCUCCUUCUCACCAUCUGGAUCUGGACCCUCCAAAUCUCCACCUGGACCUGGAGGUGACCACAUGUGGGAGACAGACUUUCCUCCUACGUGGGAUUGCUCUUCUCCCCUGAUGAAGACCCCAUUCGGUCUGAGGAGUGAUGUUGAGGCUCCUUCUUGCACUGUGGUCACAGAAAGCAGCUGGGUGUUGAGGACUCUGCAUCAGCUCACUUUCAGCUCCAACUACCUCGACCCAUAUGUGUAUGAAGAUGAUGAGCCUGUCGGUCACAGAUACCUCUAUGCUCCGCCAUCUGACAUAUCUGGAUUUAUGGAUGAUGACUUCCCAGCUUGUACCCAGAUUAAUUGUGAUAAAUGGGAGCCAGAGGGCGCUACAUCCUGCUGUACUGAGACUGCCACGUCCUUGCUGGCAGAAGAAGAAGCAGAUGAGCCCAAAUGCUAGUCUAUUGAAAAAACAACAACAUUUGAAUAUAAUAAAAAUGUAUCAGCAUAUUAA